GGGGUCUACACUGGCGGUUCAUGGCAAAGCGCGCACGCCACUUUCUACGGCGGAAGCGACGCCUCCGGCACAAUGGGUGGGGCUUGCGGAUACGGGAAUCUAUAUAGCCAGGGAUACGGCGUGGAGACGGCGGCGCUGAGCACGGCGCUAUUCAACGCGGGGUUGAGCUGCGGUGCGUGCUUUGAGUUAAAGUGUACCGAAGAUCCCCAGUGGUGCGUAACUGGGAACCCUUCGAUCUUCAUCACCGCGACUAAUUUCUGCCCUCCGAACUUCGCUCAACCGUCUGAUAAUGGUGGAUGGUGCAAUCCACCUCGCCCUCAUUUCGAUCUUGCGAUGCCGAUGUUUCUGAAAAUAGCGCAUUACCGUGCCGGCAUCGUUCCAGUCUCCUAUCGCCGAGUGCCGUGCAAAAAGAGUGGGGGAAUCCGUUUCACCAUCAACGGCUUCCGUUACUUCAACCUGGUUCUGAUCUCCAAUGUCGCCGGCGCCGGCGAUAUUGUGAAGGUGAGCGUAAAGGGAUCUCGCACAGGGUGGAUGACGAUGUCGCGAAACUGGGGACAGAACUGGCAGUCUAAUGCCGAUCUGGUGGGCCAAUCUCUCUCUUUCCGCGUCACCGGCAGCGAUCACCGGACCUCCACCUCCUGGAACGUUGUUCCGGCGCACUGGCAGUUUGGUCAGACCUUCUCCGGCAAAAAUUUUCGCGUUUGAUUAAAUGGUAAUGCUUGGUAGAUUUUAGGGGCCGAUUUUUAGGCCUUGUUUGGUGUUUGGGUGCGCGCUUUUGUGUGGUAUUGAGCAAGCAUUAUGGAAAAGUGUGAAACAGCUUCUUAGUUGC